AUGUUAAGUGUAAAAGAAUUCAAGAGUACAGCAAUUACAGAGACAAAAGGAUAAUGUGGUUUUGAUAUCAGUGGAAAUAAAGCAUUGUUGGCUUGGAAUUAGUGCUUGGUGGAGUAUGAUUUAAUUGAGCAUAAAAAAACCGCGGAAACUGUACUUGAGUCUAAUAUGUUGGCUUUGGCAAUUCAUCCUUUAAAUUCAUAAUUUUUUGCUAUUGGAGAUAUGAGAGUAGAUACAUAUGAUGAUAUUCAAAUGACUACACCAUCUCUGAUAGUCACUUUAACAGGAAAGGUUAUUCAGAUCAAAUACAAUAAGAAUGGUAAAAUAAUGGGAAUAGCUACUGAGGAAAAUUCAUUAAUAUUGAAUAGAGAUAAUAAAAUAUCAAGAUGUAAACCUGGACAUGAUGGAAUGAUAUUAAGUUGUUCUUUUGAUCCAAAAGAUAGAUUUGUAUGCAGUAUUGGUUGUGAUGGUUGUUUGAUAGUAUAUUAACUAUCAUAAAUACCAUAAUUAUUAUAGAGAUAUACAAUUAGUAAAUAAAUAUCACCAGAUACAUUCUAAAAAUUAUAAUCAGAUUUCCAUCCUUCAGGUAAUUCAUUUUGGAUUGCUGGAAAAAUCAAUGCAUAAUAUAUAAUCACUUAGGAUGAACCUUAAGAUUUAUAGUAGCAAUAUUAGAUUUUACAUUAGAGUGAAAUAUGUAUUAUAAAAUGGAUACAAGAUAAUUGUGUGGGAUCUUGUUCAUUAGAUGGUGAAAUAAAAUUAUGGAAUUUUAAAUCCUUGACUGAUUUAUCCUUACAUUGGCAAUUUAAUAUAAAAUGUACUCCAUUAUAUAUGAUAAUAAUGUAAAAUAUAUUCUAUUUAUUUGAUUGUAAUGGAAACUUAAUUGAAACUACUGUAGAUCCUCCAUUAACAGUGACUGAGGCAAUAUAUAAAGAUAAAAAUAUUGCAUUCAAAGAUUUAUUAAAUUAGAAAGCCAAGAAAUAUAAUAAUUAGAGAAUAGAAGAGGAAUUAUUAGGAGAUGAGAAUGUUAAAGAGAAUUUAGAUGAUUUAGAUGGAUUUAUAAAAGGGAAUGAAAUAGAGAAAAAAUAAAAGUAGAAUACUGAUGCAGGAAUGUAAGAUAUAUUGAGACCAGGUGAAACAUAAUUAUCAAGAGGGAGAUAAUAUUUGUGUUAUAAUACAGUAGGUACAAUAAUAUUAUGUUAAAAUACUAAUAUGAUAGAAUUUGAAUUUUUUGAUUCAACAUUUUAUAAAAAAUUUAAAAUGAGUAAUUAAUAAAGAUAUGCAAUUGGUACAUUAAAUUAUAGAGGAUGUGUAUUAGCAUCAAAAGGACCAAAUGAUUUAGAUGAUUAAGGAUAUUUGAUAGGGGAUGGAAGAUCAAUAGUGUUUUUCUAAUAAUUUAUAGGUGAUGUAGAUGAUUUUGAAUUUUAAUUACCUGAAGAAGAAGGAGCAGAACUUGUAACAAUAGGAAAUGAUUGGUUUGCAAUUAUGAGUGAUCAUGGAAUAUGUAGAGUAAUUUCAUUUUGUGGUUUAGAAUUAUUAUAAUUUAAUACAAAUAGAGCAAUUGUAUCAUUGUGUUCAUAUGAACAUUUAUUAUGUAUAGUAUUUCAUGAUACUUCUCCAAUGUUAAAUUAAUAAGUUUUAAAAGGGAGAGUGUAUGAUAUAGAUUUGUAAAAAUAAAUUGAAGAAUUUGAUAUCUUCCUUACUCCUUUCUCUUCACUCUCUUGGAUUGGAUAUUCUGAUGAAGGAUUAUUGAGUAUUUAAGAUUCUAAAGGAGUGAUUAGAAUUUAUCAAAAUAGUAAAUGGAUAGAAGUUUAUCAUAAUUCUAGAUUUUGGUUGUAUGGAAUAUAAGAUUAUAAAUUAUGUUUAUUAAAGACAGAAUAACCAUUAGCAUCAAUGAAAUAAGAGAUGAUUUAAUAGACUUUUGAAUAACCAUUUUUAUGUUUCUCUUAAGAUGAGAAAUUGAUUAAAAAUUAUAGACAAUUUCUAACCUAAUUGAUUAUUUUAAAUCAUGAAUUAUAUAGAUGGAAUGAAUUUGGUAAAUACUAUUAUGCUAGAAAUGAUGACAAAUAAAAUGAUAUACUUCUCAGAUAUACAUAAAAUCUAUAUGAUUCUAAUAAAAUUGAAGAGACUUAAAAAUUAUUAAGGAAGUUUAGAGUUGAUUUAUUUAAAUAGAUUUUAAAUGAAUCUAAAGACAAAGCUAUAGAAUUCUUUAGAUGUCAUAUUAAAGAUGAAUAUGAUAUGAAUUCUAUAAUCAGUUUAUUGGAAUUACAGAAAGAAAAGUAAACAACCAAUAAGGAAUUAUAAAAAUUAUUGACUCAUAUCAAAUUGUUAUAAAGAGUAAAUAAUUUUAUUUAUAUUCUUAGUAAUAAAUAAUAAAGCAAUAGUAGAAUUUUGGUAUUGACAAAAGACCUUAAUCACCAAAAAGAUAAGGAUUUGGUCUGCAAAAGUAGAAUGAUUAAGUGAAUAUGAAUUAAAUAAAGACUAUUUUAGAAUAAAGAGAAUAAUAACAGUAACAUCAUCAUCAUCAAUAAUAAUAAUAAUAAAAUCUAUUAUAAUAAUAAAUAUAAUCAUAGAGAAUUGAGAGUUAAUAAGAUGAAGAUGAAUUCAAUCCUUUUGCAAAAUCUGGAAAUAAAAAAUAAAGUAGCAUUUUUGAUAUAGGAGAGAAAAGGAAACCUACUUAGACGUUUGGGACAUAAAAUAUUAAAAAAAAGAAUUGA